AUGUCGUUUGUAUUUACUCAUCGUAAUCCGGACAUGCAACUGGAGAAGAAGCGCACAGCUCUCGUGUUUGCAGACCUUCAGAACGAAUUUCUUGAACCAUUUGGCAGCUAUUACCCUCUUAUCGCGGACAAGUUGAACGAACUCAACGUAUACGACAAUAUCGAGAGACUGCUCAAGACCGCACAAGAGAACGAUAUUUUUGUGGCACACUCACCACACUACUACUAUCCUACUGACCUGCAGUGGGUCGCUCCGCUCCAGGCCAUUUCUGACUAUCUUAUCCAAGUUCCCAAUGGCUUCGUCGUCCGCAAGGAUCCCGUCAGCCUAGAUGGAUUUGUUGGCUCGGGCGCUGACUACCCGGAGCGACUGAAGAAGUACCUCAUGGACGGCAAGAUGAUCAAUACAUCUCCUCACAAAGGCUUAUCAUGCCAGUCAAACGAUCUAGUUAAGCAACUGCGUCUGCGACGAGUUGAGAAGCUCAUCGUUGCCGGGCCUGUCGGAAACUUAUGCCUGGAGAAUCACGUCCGUGAUUUGGUUGAGGCUGGCUUCGAAGUAGUCGUGGUUCGAGAUGCCAUCGCUGGCGGUAUCAAUGACGAGGGUGAUGGCUAUUCUGCUGCUAUGGUCAACUACCGCUUCAUUACUAACGGCAUCUGGACUACGGACGAAGCCGUCGAGAAGAUGAAGGAAGUCGCGGCGGAUAAUUGA